UCAAUUCCUCACUUCAGUGACCGAAACUCCACCACCCGAAACCACCAAUCGGUCGUUAGAGCCCUCUGUAACUCGCCGCAGCACAAUGAGAUUCACUUCAUCACUCACUAUUACUCCAAAAUGGCUGUGUCUUCGUUCGCUUCUCCUCUUAGUUUUGUCAGCCAACACUGCAUUUUGUGGUGAACUUGUCAAGUCUUUGCCAGGCUUUGACGGCCAAUUACCAUUCAAACUUCAAACUGGAUACGUGAGUGUGAAUGAUUCCGAGCUAUUCUACUAUUUCAUUGAGUCCCAAGGAGAUCCUGAAACAGAUCCAUUCUUCUUCUGGUUUAGUGGAGGCCCUGGUUGUUCUUCCUUCAACGGACUCGCUUAUGAAAUUGGUCCAAUACAGUUUGAUAUUGACAACUAUAAUGGCGGGUUACCAAGAUUACUCUAUUACCCAUAUACUUGGACCGAGACAGCUAGUUUUGUAUUUGUAGACUCACCAGUGGGUACUGGUUUUUCCUAUUCAACAUCAUCGAAUUGGAAAAGCUCUGACACUUUAUCAGCAGAACAAGCUUAUCAAUUUGUGAGAAAGUGGUUGGAAGAACACCCAAAAUAUCUCCAUCUUCGAUUGUUCAUUGGAGGUGAUUCUUACUCUGGCAUGAUCGUUCCAUUAAUUACCCAAAAAAUUGUGCUAGGUAAUGAUGCAGGCUUGAAGCCUCAUUUGAAUCUCACGGGAUAUUUGGUUGGGAGCCCUAUCACAGACAUGUAUCUGAACAGUAAUUCAAGAUUUAUAUUAGCUCAUCGAUUGGCUCUUAUAUCAGACCAACUCUAUGAGAAACUGAAAUCAAGUUGCAAGGAGGAUUAUGUGUAUGUGGAUCCAAACAACACGGCAUGUCAAACUGCUAUCUCUCAAUACGAGAAGAACGUACAAGAAAUAUGGAGCAAUAACAUAUUGGUACCGAAUUGUGCGUUUGCGUCUCGUAAUCCUUACGGGCAACGAAGACUUCAAAAGCCACAUCAAAAAUUAUCCUCUGAUUUAUGGUGUUGGGCUUUCAACUACACACUAUCAUACCAUUGGGCAAAUGAUCCAAGCGUACAAGAAGCCUUACAUGUUAGAGAGGGUAAAGUGAAGUACUGGGAACGUUGCAACCAAACCAUGUCAGAGUCAUACAUAUACGACGUCGAAACUGUUGUCGAGGUUCAUCGAUGGCUCAGUCGCAGGAAACUGGAAGUUCUUGUCAAUGGUGGAGACCGAGAUCUGGUAGUUCCAUACGUGGCGACGGACACGUGGCUUAAAAUAUUAAACUUGACCGUUUCCUCUCAGUGGCGACCUUGGUAUGUCGAUGAUCAAGUUGCCGGAUAUACCCGAAAGUAUGAUGAGGAGACAAAUGGAUUUCGAUUAACAUAUGCUACACUGAAGGGUGCGGGUCACACAGCUCCAGAGUAUUCUCGUAAACAAUGCUAUGAGAUGUUUCAAAGGUGGCUCCAUUUCUACCCCUUGUAAUUCGCUUUCUAAAUUUUUAGAUUUUGAUGGUCCAGUUUUCAACUCAGAUGUUGUAAUAAUCAUGACUGGCAAUUACCAAAAACACAACAUGAGAGAUACAACUAAUAUGUGCUUGCAUGUCGUUUUUAUUUUUUAAA